GCGCGCCUCCUUUUCUCGCCCGCCGCUGUUAAGAUGGCGGCGUCCGUGUCGCUGCAGGUGGAGUUUGGAGGUGGUGCAGAACUCUUGUUUGAUGGUGUCAAAAAGCAUCAGGUGACUUUGCCCUGUCAACCAGAGCCUUGGGAUAUCAGAAACCUGCUGAAGUGGAUCAAACAGAAUCUGUUGAAAGAGCGACCAGAAUUAUUUAUGCAAGGAGAAUCUGUGAGGCCAGGAAUUCUGGUGCUCAUCAACGAUGCAGACUGGGAACUAAUGGGUGAGCUGGAUUAUAAACUCCAGGACCAGGAUAAUGUGCUGUUCAUCUCGACGUUGCAUGGUGGGUAAACUCAUGAAAAAAACAAGAGGAUGUAAAUCCAGAUCCCUGGGCAAAAAAAAUGCAAACAAGAAAGUAAACCCAGCCAAACCUCUGCUGAACUGCCUGUGCCUGGUCUCUGCACCUCCCCACCAUGUUCACUUGUUACUAAGUGGUCCAAAUAAAGCCUCUCCAACACGUGGCCUGCUGUCCACUACAAUAAAUCCAUCUUUGGUCCUUAUUUCACCUCUCCUGACUGCGCUUCCAGGUACCCUAUCGAGCAGAGUGCACCUGCAGUGUUGUGGGACUUUGUUUUUCCAUGACAGGAGAAGGAGAAGUGCUGCAGCUGGAGUAGGAUGGUGUGUCUUUGUAGGCAGUGAUGCAUUCUGGGUGGGUUGUGACUGUUUGUGGGGCAAGGCUGGGAUUUCCAGCUGCCUUGGUGCUGAGAACUGGGAUUCUUUUAAUACAAUGCUUGGUGUUGAUACAGUCUGUGCACCAACCAUGGGAAGACCUGAAGUGCAAGGAAAUAAAAGGUUUCUUCACUAGCUUUUCUGAGAGGCAGCAAACAUUACAACUUCAGAGCUCUGUUGUGACUUUCCACUUGCCAUGACACAUAUUUAUGGGAAGUGGGAGAGAACUAGGCUUUUUUGAGGUUGUUUUUCUGAUGCUUUAUGCCUCUUACCUGAGCUGAGGCAGGAUGAGCCCAUGAACAAUGCAAAUUUUAUGACUGUUUGGAGGAGAAACAAACGUGUGUCUGGCCUGAGACAGCACGGAACAAGGGCAGCAAACUCAGUUUCUGUUGCGAUGGACUGAAGGGAUCAACCAGCACUGUAUUCUGUGCAGGUGAG